UUAACUGGCUGCUGCUCCAGCCUUUUUUCUUUAAGAGCAGAGUGCCUGAGCAAGUCAGGUGCUGCCAUUCUGUUUCCAUAGCAAUAAAAGAAACAAACGUCGGCCUGCCACCUCCUCUGGCCAAACCUCAAGGACAACUCAAGGCCCAAGUCAAGGGAAUCUGAAUGGAGGGGUGACUUUCUCCCCUAGUUUGACUUUCAUUGCAAUUUCGGAAGACUCAGACUGAAUCGUCUUUAGAAGGGACAUUUGCGCUCGUGCCAGUUCAACCUUUGUAAACGCCAGUGCCUGGAUUCACUGGAAGUCUGUCUCUCUGCACUACACAUACUCUGCAUUUUUCUGCUUUGGCAUUGGAAUGACCACUAAACUCUUGAGUUCUGGAACCUCUGGAUUUAACCUACAAUGAAUUCUGAUUCUGUCUCGAUGGGAAACAGUUUCUCUAUAACAUUGUGGUGUCUUUAAGACUCUCGACUUGGGAAAGAACCACAUGGGAGAAACAAAUCUUUGGACAGUCCAAGGUUUCUAUGUUUCUGUUGCAGGGACCUCCUGACCUAGCAGCCAAGGCUGUCCAGGACUUCCUGCCAUGUACCCCAACCCUCUCACUUACUGUACCUGCUGGGACCCCUGGAACUUGGGACCACGGAAGCUAAUCAAGACCCCUCAACCACCAAGAAAGCGCUCCACAGGGAAGCCCCAGCUAGCUCCUCUUCCUCCACCUUCAAAAAACCAAAAUUAUGUCCAACCAACAACAAAAGCUGUUGCCUCCCCAAAAGUGAAAAUCCAUUCAGGAAAACAAGAGGAGAGCAAUAAAUUGCCUUAUGAAGUGAUCAACGUGUCGCCUGGCUUUCGCCUCAUUCAGAAUAGGGAGCAGAUUUCUGUCACCUUGGGAGAUGAGGUGUUUGAGAGGAAAAAGAAAUCAGAGAUCAUGGACAAAAUCAAAUUUUCCAGGACUGAUAUCAUUAUUGAUCUAGAAGAGCAGAUCUCAGAGCUGAUGGUGAUAAUAGAACAAAUGAACAGAGAACACCAGUCUGUCGAAAAAUUGCUCUCCAAUGAAAUGAAUCUCCGCUGUGCUGAGAUGCAGAAGAACUUUGAAAACAAGAACAGGUAUGCUUUCAGGAGCCAGAGCCACAGAGACAAACCAAGGAGAGGUAAAAGGAGGGAGCUCAAAGAGGCUCAUGCAGCAGAGCUCACUGAGUUGAAGAACAAAUACAAAGCAGCCUUAGAGGCAGAGAAGUUGGCUGCCCAGGAAAAGCUAGAGGAAAUGGAAAAGGAAUAUAAGUAUUUGAAGAAUGUGUUUCAUACGUAUCAGGAGAGCAUUUGUGAUGAAAUGGAAGAUAAGUGGUCAAAGAAGAAGGCAGAAUGGGAGAAGAACGAGCAGUUGGAGCGGGAAAAGAUCCUGCUCCACCAAAAAAAUCAGAUAACAAAAAGGUUUGAGUUAAAGUCAGAAGAAGAAAAGAAGAGAAUAAAUGACUCCUACAGUGCUGCCUUGGAGAACUUCAAUCGAGAGAAGGAGGAGCUCUUGAAACAACAUGAAAAGGACACCUUGCAAUUAGAGGAACUAAAAAAGACCAAAGAGGUCAUAGAGGAAGAGCUGAAUGCACAAACAAUUGUCCUAGAAUCACUCAACACAAUCCUCUACCACACCCAGAUGGAACUCCAGAAAAAGAAAGCCGUGGUCGGAAAUCUGGAGAAAACAUUCCAGACCAAGUUUGCCGAAUCUGAAGAGAAGUUUAAAUACACCAUCCAGCUCCUGACAGAAGAAAACAUUCAUCUGAGGCAAAAGAUAAUUGCCAAGAAUGAAGAAAUUUAUGAGGAACGAUUGGGAAAAUCAACCUCUGUUACUAUUUAUGAGGAUGAUUCCAACACUUUAGAAGAUAGUAGCAACAAAAGAUAAGAAUUAUGAACAGAAAAGUUGUUCUUCAUCAUCAGAGAUGGUAGGAAUUGUGUCUCUGUAAGUCUAGAGAACUCCUGUGAAGUUUUCUUGGGAAAUGCAUAUGAUGAGUUUAGUUCUUGGGUUGUCUUCAUUCUAUUUUUGUCUUUUCACAAUUUGCUUUCUUCUGAGUGGUUGGGAAUAUUUGAAUUCUCAUCUCAAUUACAUAGAUUUUCAUGACUCUUCGUUGAAAAGUGAUGUUCUCUAUACCUGGAGCUGAGCUUUCUCUGGGCUUUGUACUAUUUUUCUCUUCUACUUUAAUGUAUUUCAUUUUGAAGACACUGAUCUGAAAAAAACUUCUUCCUAUUGAAUGUCGACUACAUUUUGAGGUAUACCUUUUGUUCGACUGAGGCAUUUAUCUAGCAAGAUAGAUAAUUUAUUGGUUUGAUUUCACGAACUUUUCUUUCUUACAUGUGUCCCCACUCUCCCACCUCUCAAUCAUAUUCCCAACCUAUAAUUUGGGAAGAGUUUCUGAUGAUUCUUGCCACCUUCUCUAAACCAUUGCCAGAAUUCAAAUGUCCACAGGACAGUCAACAUAAAUAAGUGAAGUGGGCUGGACAUAAAUAAAAACAAUCCCAUAAGCACAGUGAUAAAUGGUAAUUAGCAGUAGGUUCAAUGAGGGGAUUGGGCAGGGUGGUGUACAGGAUUGGGGGUGAGGGGCGGGGGUUGGGAGAACCCAUUCCAUUGUUGCCAAAUGGGAGCAUGGAGUCAAUGUGGUCAAAUAUUCUGAUUUUUCAAAAAAAGGUAUUCUGGUUUGUUUUUGUUUUUGUUUUAAUUGGGGAAUACUGGGGAACAGUGUGUUCCUCCGGGGAGUUGUCCUUCACUCUAGUUGCGAAGGG